AAUCAAAACAAACGCAGAUGGAAUAAUAUUUAUUUUGGAGAAACUUCGCAAUUUAUUAGAGGAAUUAUAAAAAUACUAACAAUUAUCCAUUUACCACAAUGGAUACUCAACUAGUGGAGAAGAUUGUCCAUGAAGUAAAGUCUCAGGGGGUGUUUGAUGAAUUUCGCAAAGAUUCCAUGGCCGAUGUGGACACUAAACCAGCCUAUCAAAACCUCCGACAACGUGUGGAGAAUACAGUCAAGAAAUUUUUAUCGGAACAAAAAUGGACACCAGAAACAAAUAAAAACCAGUUGAGAGAAAAGUUAAGGAGGCAUAUAACAGAGUCGGGUUUUCUGGAUGUGGGGGUUGAAAGAAUUGUCGAUCAAGUGGUUAACCCUAAGAUAGGUAGUGUUUUUCAGCCGCGCAUAGAGGAGAUCGCUUAUAAAUAUUUGGGUCUGCCACCACCUCCCAAGAAAUUUGAACCUCCUCCACCACCACUAAUGCAUCCUCUGCCGCCAUUGCCCUUGAAUGCGCCGCCUUUAAAAGUGGAAACCUGUAGUUUGUUACCUACAGAUCUGGAACAAGUAAGUCCAGAUUCGGACAAAGGUACUGUGAAGUCUGAAGGUAAAGAUGACCGUACCACAGUUGAUAUGGACACUGAGGAGAAACUUAUGGAAGACGAAGAAGAAUCUCCGCCUUUUGAACCCUUAGUUAAGCAGGAACUGGAUGAAACAAAAGAGUUAGUAAAAGUUGAAACUAAAGAUGAAAAACCGAACAUCAAGCAGGAAUGUGAUGAAUCUUUAGAUGAUAAAGCUAACAAAUUAGAAGAGAGUAAUGAAGUUGUGCUCAAAACUGAAAAUAUGGUUAACGAUAAUGACAGCCAGGAAACUAGUAAUUUUGCUACUGAAUCAGCUGCAGUUGACAAAGAUGCUAGUCAGUCGGUGGAUGCAAGAAUUUCACAAGAUUCCCAAUUAUCUAGUGUUUCCAGUGAUUCUCGUUUGUCGGUAAAUGGCAAAGAAGACUCUUUGCAAAGCAAAAUGCAAACACCAAAACAAACAAUACGUCCUAGCACACCAAACACCACACCCAUACCCACACCACCUCUGCCCACUCCGACAGCCACACCCUCACCAGUAACAACACAAAAACCCGACAAGGAACAUCAAAGUAGACAUUCUUCAUCUUCUUCUUCGAGACAUAAGAAACAUUCAAAAGAGCGGCGACGUUCUCAUGAACGAGAAAAGGAGAAAGACAGCAGGGAUCGACAUCGGUCCAGCAAAGAUUCAAAGGAUUCAUCCAGGCAUCACUCCAGCUCCAGUGGUAACAAAAGUAGUAGUAGCAAACAUUCUUCAUCUUCCUCCAGCAAAUAUUCAUCAUCACAUAAUAAGUCAUCGGAAAAAGACAUCGACAAAUCUUCUUCAUCCUCUACGCAUUCCUCCUCAAAACAUAUAAAACAUUCACACUCACAUUCCUCCUCAUCGUCAAAUGAAAAUCAGGAUUCGAAAAAAUCCAAACGUGAUUCAGAACGCAAACAUCAUUCCUCUUCAUCUUCUUCAUCAAAACGCAGUGAACGUAAAGAUGAUCAUGCUGAGGCUAAGCACAAGACACAAAGACGCAAAUCCACAGAUUCUAAUGAUGACGAGGGUGACAAAAGUAUGGGUGGUCAUAAAUCUAACUCGCACUAUAAAGCUAGUUACACAAGUUCUUCUCAAGGAAAAUCCUCAAAGUCUAAAUCCAGCGAUGGAAAUAAAACUAAUGAUACACAAAAAGAUCAAUUGGAUGUUACAGAAACAAAUGAGCUUAACACAAACAAAUUAAAUCAUGUUAACAAUGUGGUUAUUUUAAAUGAUAUUUUGGAAAAUCCUCAAACACAAUUUAUACAACUUAACAAUACCGGCCACUUGGUAGAAACGCCUCAAGUGGCUCAAAGCGAAACCACUGCAACUAAAACUGAAAAUAACCAAGAUGUUACUGCAGAAUUUAACAAUAAUAUUACACCCUUGGAAUCUCAGUUAAAAGAGGAGGUGUUAAAAGAAGUGAAAAACGAACAAGAAUCUAAUGAUUUGUUAUACUUUGAUGAGAUCCAGCUUAAUCUUACGGAACGUCUUAAACUACUUAAUGCUACCAUGGACUUGUGUCGCAGUGCUGUUAAUAGUUUACGUUUUGACUCUCUUAGCGAUGAAGGUAUUGAGUUAUCCAAUGAGGAGGAUGUCAAUAGCGAUAGUAAAACGCCUAAUUUGAUGGCGGAGUCGCUGAAAAGAAAGCCUGAUUAUAAUUAUAGUGAAUUUGAGACAACACCACGUAAAAGAGUCAUGUCGCAGGCCAGUGAAGGUUGUCAAUCAAAAACAUCACCUACUCCCUCGGACACUAGUAGCAUCAAUUCAAAGGAGAACGAGGAAAUUGUUAAGAAUACUAAUCAUGCCAAAAAAUCUUUAAUUGAACGUCAUAAGUCUGCCCAAAAACUUAGUCAACAGCAGCGUUAUUCCAGUGAAGAUUUAUAUAAACCACGACCGAUUUUGGGACAACGUUCACGACGCAGAGGCAUGGAUUCUUUAGUUUAAGUUUUGUGUUUUUUCUUUCUUUACUUUUAGUGCUUGCUAUUGAAUUUAAAGUUCAAUAAUUCUAUUACUUUAUUUUUAGUAUUAUUUGUAUAUGAAUUUAUUUUUUAUAAUUAUUAAGCAAAUACACUUUCAUACAUAUUAUUGUAUGCUAAAUAAUGCACGUUAUGUAAAUAGAAAAAUUGAGGGUUUUUAAAACUUAAUAAAAUUUUGCAUUU